CAAACUUGGUGGUUGACUAAAUUUAAUGUGCACAAUUUAGUUCAAUUAUUUGAAUCGAAAUUGAUUACAGUUUAGUACAAAUGUAAUUAAAUUGAUUGGUAAGAGUCGUAGGAAAGCUGCGCAACGCGUAGAACAUCAAUUCAAAGAGGCACACGCAAAAAUCAGUGCGGGCAAAAGUCCUGGAUGAAACCAGAUAACAUAUCCGGGCGGCUGGAACCCAUUCGCUUGUUUUUAGAACGAUGUCGCGACGCUAAUAGUUCGAGCAGAACAAUAGUUAAACAAUAAACGAUGCUCGAAUGUGCUCCUGAGACGCCAAAAAACAAUGAAGACCUUCCGAUACUUGGCAUUACUGGCGGCGGCAUCGUUUUUAUUGCUCCUGUACUACAUCUACCGGGUGGGCGACAGACCCAACAGUAGCGACCAGAAUUUAGCGGACCAUCUCACAGAUGGGCAAACGAAAGCUGCUGUUAGUAGGAAAUCUUACGCACAUUCAUCGAAUGGCACCGAAAUAUCGGUGGUGGUGGUGGCAUGCAAUGAAAGGCACAACGAAGCCCUCAAUAUGAUCAAAUCGGCCAUCAUAUUCAACCGUAAUCAGUCACCAUUACGGUUUGUUAUCAUAGCAGAGGAGAAAUUGAAGUUGAACUUUAUGGAAAAGUUAAACGAUUGGCAGGAGGUAACCGGUCGAAUAUUUACUUAUGAAAUCCACUCCUUAACAUUUCCACGCGCCAACAAGGAUGAGUGGAGGAAAUUGUUCAAACCUUGCGCUGCCCAACGGCUAUUCCUACCGUCUCUUCUUCAACAUCUAGAUGCGGUGCUGUACGUUGAUUCUGACACCGUGUUCCUAUCGCCGGUACAAGAAAUUUGGGCAAUGUUUCAGAACUUUAACGCAACCCAGUUUGCUGGCAUGGCCCCGGAGCAUGAAGACAUGAAUGCGGGAUGGUAUAAUCGCUUCGCACGCCAUCCCUACUACGGUGAGCUGGGGGUAAACUCGGGCGUCAUGCUGAUGAAUCUGACGCGUAUGCGAGAGUUCCGGUGGGAGGAACAUAUACUGCCAAUUUAUCGCGAGUAUCGCUUGCAACUAGUUUGGGGUGAUCAGGAUAUCCUUAACGUGCUGUUUCACUACAAUCCCGAUCGGUUGUACGUGUUCCCUUGCGACUGGAACUACCGCGCCGACCAUUGCAUGUACAUGAGCGUGUGCGAUGCUCCCGAUGGGGUGAAAAUCAUUCACGGCAAUAGAGGGUAUUUUCAUUCACGGGCGCAGCCAAUUUUUAACCUCAUCUACUCGACCAUAGAAGAAUUUACAUUUCGGACAGACGUGUACGGUAACUUCAUUCGCACAAUCGAAGAAUCGCUGGUGCUACCGAGCAACUCGAACUGUGAUAAGCUGUUGGACAAAUUCUUGCAGGAUCCGCGCAAAUAUUUCAAAGAAAAUCAGUACGAAGAAGUGCCCUAGCGUGCACGCGGAAGUGCAAUUUGGUCGGGGCUAUAUUUUUUUUCUAUUUUCUCCCAGUUCAACCACCUAUUCCACUUAAACUCGCAAACGUCCAUUCCAAGAUGAUAUUUUUACCAUCAAGUGAAGAAAGAAAAAUCUAGGAGAUUAACGACCAAUACUCAUGACGAGGAAGAUUUCUUUAGUGUAACAAUACAAUCAGUAUGGGCGUAAGUUAAAACAAUGUAAUUGAUCAACGUGUGUAUAAAUAAAUGUAUUUGUGCUGUUUGUAAUAUAUACGC